AUGUCACAGAUAAAUACGGAUGCUAGCUUCGAAGAACUCCCUGUCGAGAUUGUCGAGAGCAUCGUCCAGCUGCUGGACGUCGCCGACAUCGGGAGCCUGCGCUUGGCGAGCCGACCCCUCAAUUCGAAAGCGACACAGGGACAUUUCCGAUCCUUCUUCUUCUCUAAGCGUGUAAAGGUCAACAGUUGUCAACUUGAAAAGCUCGAAUUCAUUACGAAACAUGGCUUCCUCGGCUGCCAGAUCCGUGACUUGACACUGGUGGGCUUGGUGUAUGAUACCAAGGGUCUCAAGGCAGCCGUACGAAGACACCCAGAGGAUUCAGAAAAGCAGCAUGACUUGAAGGAAUUAUCGGAGCAAGAGGUUGACUAUGAGGAUUCGCGUGACUCUGGCCUCAUCGUACGUCUCUUGGGCAAUGCAUUCAGAAACAUUGCUGCAAAAAGUAGGGCUGGGAAGCUGCAUUCGCUGUCUCUCGAAGUAGCCGUGUAUCGGUUGGAUGCACAGAAUGAAUCCCGGCCCAGUGAAGGGGAAAAUUGGCAACCUGUCUGGCAGGGCGCUGCCGAGACAUUUCAUACCGUAUUCUCGUCGUUACGAGAGAGCUGGGUCCGUGUCGAUGAUUUGAACAUUUUCAACGAGCCUUAUCUGCAACAGUGCAGCAUCGCGAGCAACGAGCUCAGCAGUGUGAUUUCUUGUACGGACGGUCUAUCUCACACUCUAGAGUCACUACGAUCUUUGUCCAUUAGUAUGUCUGCCCCAAUUGUCAACUUCUCACAAUUCUCGGACGGCUGGGCACACAAAAGCGAUUCUUUUAACGCAGAGGACAACGAGGAAUCAGAGGAGGAUGAGGAAACACGCAUAACACGGCUUGUCACCAAAGCAUAUCACGAAAAGAACUUCAAUAGUUUUGGAGACCUAGUUGCCGCCUGUAGGAACCUCAAAAGCUUAGAAAUACACCAGUACAGCGUCAAUCGCAGUUGGGCCCAUAUCAGAGUGCCUAUUCCAAUGCAUAGGUUAUUUCAGCACGGCAUAGGGACAUUGGUCACUCUGCCGCCCAUAGAAGAGUGUUCUCUCAAUGGUGUCUUUCUCCGCGAGAGCGAUAUACUCGGCUUUCUGCAAAAAAGCACCAACUCUCUUCGGCGACUUUCCAUGAAGACAGUGACCAUGGUGAAAGGGUCAUACGUGGCUGUAUUCGAUCACAUUGCCAGAAAAACUCCCAACCUAGACUAUCUGUAUCUCGAUGAGCUGCGGCUUAAAUAUGAAUGGAUUCAUUUCACGGGCGUGGGAGAUCCGAAAUUUAACACUUGGGAAGGUGCGCAUGGAGGCAAUACGUUGACAAGAGAGGGUAAGGAAGAAGCUCAGCAGCCGAUUCCAUAUCACUUGCCAACAGGCGGACGUCUCCCCUAUUCAACUCCUUCAUACCACGAAUGGUUGCAAGCCCAGCGGCUAGAGUAUGGGCCCCAUCCAAGGUCUUUCGAGAUAUAA